AAAUCGCUGCUAUACCCUCACAAAACCUCUUCAUUGCAACACUUUGUUUCAGCUAAGAAAAGAGGAACUAAACGAUGGCAACAAUAGCCGGUGGUGUGAGUCUUUCAAGCCCAACCAGAGUAUUUGCUAAUGUCAAGGGAUCAGACUCUGCGCCAAAAGCCCAGGCAAUUAGGUUCCCUCUCUUCAGACCCACACAUAAGUGGCCCGGUUUGGUUGGGGUGGGGAAGGCCCGGCCCAUUCGCGCAACGCCGGAAAAGAUAGCGGAUAAGGUGGAGGAGAGCAUAAAGAUCGCGGAGGAGACCUGCGCGGGAGGCGCGACGGACGCGGAAUGCGCGGCGGCUUGGGAUGAGGUGGAGGAGCUGAGCGCGGAGGCGAGCCACGCCAGACAGAAGGAGAAGGAGUCUGACCCGCUGGAGAACUACUGCAAGGAAAACCCUGAGACCGAAGAAUGCCGCACUUAUGAUAAUUAAGUUAUCUUCUGUUACAUGUUUCAAUGAAUCCCUUGUAUUAAUUAAUUCUUAUUUAUAAAUUAUAGGAAUAAUUCAAACUAUGCCACUCUUUUGAAGUGGUUUCUCCUUGCUGUUGUAUCCAUAUUUGUGUUGUGGCGCAAAUCUAAGCACUUCAACGUAAAUAAUACAAAUGGUUGCAUGCUUUUAGGUUCU